AUGGGUUCAAAAAUGUUGAGCCAUCUUAGUUCCGAGUUGAGUGUGCUCCGUACGCAUCAGAUCUGUAGUGCCAAAACACCGCCACCGGAGAAACGAAACACCUCCGCAGGAACCCCCGUCAUUGUCAAUUUUCAACUUCACAGGGACCACCUUCGAACCGGUCAACUUGUCCUGUGGACACCUGGCCUCGUGACCAUCUCCACCUGGGCCAUCGAGCUCCAUCCCGCGCGAAAGCCUCAUCCCAGCGUUCAUUCGUCAAUCCAUCCUACCCUUCGCGACCCAGCCAGCGGCGAAUUGGUCAAAAUGCGAAUACAAUCAAACGGAGUUUCACUCCUCCUCUCCACCUUCCUGUCAAGCCUGGCAUCCGCGUCCGGCUUCGACUGCGCGCACAUCAAGCUCGAUAAUUACAAAUACGAUCUCAGUCCCCUAAAAGGCGUUCACGAGCUGACUCACAGCGUGACGACGGAUGAGUUUGUGACGAAUACAACCUACCGAUUGAACAUUUGCAAUAUUCUCGGGGAUGGUGCUCGGUACGGUGAUGCGACGUGCGGGACUAGCAAAAACGCGAAGGACGGAAAUGGCGGCUCUACAUUCGGUUUCCCGAUCGUCGGCCUCGACCCGGUUGGCCAAGGCUCGAAAAACCCAGAGCUGAAACGAUUGAAGGAGAUCGAUCCGGAAACCGAGGGCCUGCGCGUUAAGCUGGAAGGUGGCUCUUACAAGGGAGAUGGAAAUGACCAGAAGUCCAAGAAUGCAGGUGCUAUCAUUGAGUUCCAGUGCGACCAUGAGCGAUCUGGACUGGAGGGCCUCCACACGCUUGAAGUGGACCCGGAGACGAAAGAGCGACGACGAAGAGCAGAGAGUGAGGAGGGCAGUGCGCCGUCGGGCAACAGCAGCAGUAGUCUGCAGUUCAAGAGCUUUGGUCCGUCGGACGAUGAUACCUACAUCUUGAGACUGGACUGGCGCACAAAGUACGCCUGUGACGAGUACGAGAAAGACAAGGGUGAUACUUCCAGCUCUAGCAGUUGGGGUUUCUUCACCUGGUUGAUCAUCAUUGCCUUCCUCUGUAUCGCUGCCUACAUCAUCUUCGGCUCCUGGCUUAACUACAACCGCUACGGCGCCCGUGGCUGGGACCUCCUCCCUCACGGCGACACCAUUCGCGAUAUCCCCUACCUUUUCCAGGAUUGGCUCCGUCGUGUGGUCAACUCCCUGCAAGGAGCGGGGUCACGGGGUGGUUACAGUGCGGUAUGA